GGCGGGAAUACAUCCUGCUCAGCAAAUCUCGAGACGAAUCAGACGUUUGAUUGACGGAUACAGAUUUAACUGUUCACGGUCUGCUCGAAGUCGGAGAUAACCCAGUGAACGACGUAGCGAAUUCGAGGUCGCCAUUUUAAGCAUUAGACAAUACGCUCAUUUAGGUCGACUAUGCCGUUGCAGGCCUUCUCCUUUCCUCUCCCAGAAACUCGAUUCUUUAAAGCAGGGAGUUUCAUCUACAAGUUCACGAUCAGAGGAGGCUCCAGCUACAGCAGCCAACAGGAUGUUAUGGGAGAAGUCGCCUUCAAUCAGGAAUUAGAGGAAAUUAUCAGGGCCGUUCUUGGCAACCUGGAUGACCUUCAGCCCUUCUCCUCCGCCCAUUACAUCAUCUUUCCAUAUAAGAAACGGUGGGAGAGUGUGUGCAAACACGAUGAGAUGAAUCUGAGCGUCUACCCUUUCACUCUUAUCCUCUACCUGGAGAAAAACAUGCAGAACGGAUCUCAAUCAGUGGAGGAGAAUGAUGUAACGCAGCACAUCCCCUCCAUUUCUGAGUCUCAGUUAAAGCACUGUAAGAGACAUUCACCACUAGAGGAGGCCAUACUAAAGGACUUAAUCAAUGACAUGGAGGCCGAAAACAGGGUGGCAGUGACUGGCAUGUUGGACUUGGUCGGUGAGCACUCACAGGGAAAGACUGAAGAAGAUCCAGGACACGUUGACAAGCAGCCUGAGAUAGUACUGCAGGAGCAAGGGACACCUGUGAGACCAGGAUUUCUGAAGCAGCUGGCCAGCCAUGUCUUCCCUUUCUCAUUGUUCGUCAAAGAUCCAGAGAAUUAGAAAAGCAAGUUCCUCAGUAAUAUUACCAACUGAAUUGUUUAUUGAUAUGAUGCAUGCACAGUGUACAGUGAGACAGUGAUGAAUGAGGUUGAUAGGAGCACAAACUCACACAACAUUUAUCACUUAAUUCAAGGCUGAAUUUAAAGUUUAGCUUAGGGAUAGAGGUUGUGGUUAGGCAUGUUAUGUGACCGCUUAAGUUUAUUUGUGCGUGGUUGUUAAGAAAAAAAUAGAAAAUCCAGAGAAAUUAUUUUAAAGUUGCAGAAUAGAAAUUUAUUGACAUACAGUUUCAUUACAAAUUACACAGUGCAUUGUUCCUCUUUUUCAUUUCCAACAUUCUUUGGUUUCAUCAAUAGAUAUUAUUUACAAAAUGACUUUAGUUCAGAUUCUUAAAUAUAAAUAAAUUGUGUACAUUC